CAGAGCGGAAAGCUGCCGGAGGCGGCAUGGCAACGAACUACAAAGCGGGGCAGUAUGAGGAUGCCUUCAUUGCACAGAAUUUGCAAAACUGGACCCUGCCCAAGCUCUACAAGGAGCACCCCUCUGCCCGGGAAGGCUACACCCAAUUUAUAGCCAAUGACCGAGGACACCUGCUCCCCACAGUGCCACGUUCAAAGGCUUCCCCCUGGGGCACAUUUAUGGGAACCUGGGAGAUGCCACUGAAGAUUCCCCCAGCCAAACUGAACCUGACCUCCCGCUCGGCUGCCGCAGCCUCGCACCUCACGGACUGGAUCCACAAGUCCACUGCACUGACCAGCGCCUGCAACGGCCUCCGCCCGCAGAUCACUGGCAAGUGCUGCUGGAACGGGCUAUCACCUACUAGGAAUGCAGAGACCCAGGCAGAGGAAGAACUGCAGCAAACCCUCUCUGCAUGGGGGCCCAGGUGCAGAGUCCAACUGGCAGUAAAGAGCUUGCCUAUAGUGCCAGCUCUGCCCUUCACAUUCCUCUCCCCCUCUGGCUUCGCAGUGCUCCUCCAUGGCACUGAUGGCCUCUGUGCAGCACCCCAGCAGGGUUCAAAGCACCAAGGGCAGGGUUCAAACCACCAUUGCGCUUCUUCCUCCCUAAACAGCCUCGAGAGCCUGAAUCACACACGCAGCCCACAAAGGAGCUUUCCAGUAAGAACAGCCGAGCAUCUAGCAGAGGCUCCCAGGGCCCCAGGUCCUCAGCCAAAAUGCCCCCUGAAGAAGAGGCUUAUCACAAAGGAUCCACCCCCUCCAAGGUCCCACUAUCACGCCAGCCUGGCUGCAUGGAUGUUCGAAUCAAAGGAGCUACCUCCCAAGAGAUCUCAGGUUCGCGCAAGCCAGGAUCAAAGGAGGCUUGGCACAGAGGAAGCAUAUCAUCUGAGGUCCCAUUGUCACGCCAACCCGGCUGCAUGGAUGUUCGAAUCAAAGAGAUCUCCUCACCCAAAGUCCCAGCUUCCAACCGACCUCCUUCAAGGGAAGCUAAUCCCAGGCGAGCCAUCUCUGCCGAAGUCCCAGCUGCAAGUCGACCUGGGUCAAUGGAGGCUAAAGCCAAAGGAGUCAGCUCACCUGAGCUCGUGGUUUCAGGUUGUCCUGGGUCAAUGGAGGCCAGUCCCAGGGGAGCCAUCUCACUUGAGGCCUUGGCAUCAGGCCGCCCUGGUUCAAAGGCUAGCGAAGCAGCUGAGACCCAGAAGAGGAUGUCAAGGAGGGCAGCAGAGGGGAACGGGAGCAUGUCACCCAAGAUGGAAGGGUCAGCAAGAUCCCAGUCCUGCCCUGAAGAAAGAUUUGAGCAAACAUUCAACUGAAGGUCAAAGCAAAUUCUAUGCCCGAGACACGAACGCUAAUGAGAUCAAGGACAAACAUCUUGCUCAGCAUUUCAAGCUUUCUGGCCCUAUACUUUCUUCAGUUCUAGUCACCUUCAUCCCCAGGCUGGAGGUGUUUCCUUUCCCUCCAUCUAGUUGUAAAUCUCAACUUUUAAUCCUGUUUGUGAGCUAGAUUCUUUGCGAGUAGGAACUUCCCCCCGCCCCGGAUAAGAGUGAGCCCAACCGACCCAGCAGUGACACAAUCGACUUCCCAGCCUGUUGAGCCCCAAGGUCGGGGCUCUCAGACCAAGACGCUGCCUCACAGGGACAUUCACCCAUAUGCACAAAUUGCUUUUCAACCUGAGCAUAGGAACAAAACCAGCCAGGGCUGAUGCCCAGGUUGGCAAGAGGGUGGUUGGUUCUGAAGGAGCCCAAGUGAUGCUGAUGAUUCGACAGUACCAUGUGGCCAGCGUGUGUGUUCAUGGUAAUCAACACAAAAAUAAAACUAAAAAAAAAAAAAAACACAACAAAAAAAAUCUCCCACCUGUUUUCAUUUACCAUCAUUAGCACCAGUGGCGGGCCAUGGGCUGACACUCACCGUCCACUCCCACAAGCGUUAGCACCGAGGGCCAUGGGCCGGCACUCACCCUCCAUCCACCAUGGCUCCUGACAGCAUGCUUGGUGCUGCAGCAUCAGAUCAUGCUAGAACACAGUAUGCUGGGCCUCUUGCUCUCCAUGGGUCACGUCUAUGUUCUAAUUGCAGGGGGGCUACAAUCUUCUCCAUUUCAGGCUGAUUAGCUGCAGCCCUGGGGCUCCGGGUGAGAUGCCUUUGCAGCCACUCGUGGACUCACCGAGUUUGAUAUGUUGAGUGCUUUCCUGCAGGGUUGGCUCUUCUUCUAGCACAGCUAAGAGCUUCAUUCACCCCAGUAACAACAGCCAAUGGGGAGCAGUCUAGAGUCAUGGAGCAAACACAAAGCCAGUCGCCAGGGGGGCUCUGUGCAGUUCUGACUCCGUCCCAAGGGGAUGCAGGCUGCAAUGCCUCAGUAUUGCACCAUCUGUAGCAUCACGUUUUCAGGCUGGCUCUUGUCUGCCCAGCAUGGGGGAGGGGGAGCCAGGCCUACCGCACUCAGCGCUGGCAGAAGAAUCAUCUUUGCGACGCAUGGGGGAUGCUUUCACUGCACUGUAGGUCCCCUGUGCUUGUCUAAAAUGCAGUGAUGAGCAGGGGGAGGGGGCUGGCAGGGGCUAGGGAACCCAACACCUCUCAGCAGCUGGUUUGAACCCAGCCCAGGAUCGGAGUGAGCCAGAUGCAGUGCACAGAACAGCGAUCAGAUUGUGGGAGCAGGGGGCAUUCUGCAAUUCCUAACAGGCAUCAUCGAGCUCUCUAACAGCAGCCCCAGAGAGGCCCCAGCUUGAAUGGAGAUGGAGGCUGGGUGGAGCUCUCCAGAGCAAGGCCUGUGGGCCAAGGGAAGCAGGUGAGGCAGCACCUUUAUUAGCAUCAAUUUGCAUUACAGAAAAAUAACUUAUAAGAGUCAGGCUGGAGGGCAACAGGCCUCGGCUGUAACAUGCAUCACCUGGCCAAAGCCCUUAGCGCACCUGAUCCUGUCUGGCCCCACCUACAGCGAGGCUAUGGCACACGCUCCCAGCUAGACAAUGCCACCACAGGGGCCCAGCAUUAGGCUCCUCCAUGCUCAUCCUGCCCUCCCACUCUGACUCACCUCCCUUUGCUGGUCCCAACCUGAAGAAGUUUGAUCAGCAGCAGCUGAGGAGCAUGGGUGCACAAGGGCACACAGGACUGGAUCCUCCCAAUCCCACCCUGGUAUGCCUUCCAUCAAAUAGAAGCCACACCCAGUGCCUCCUAGCGAGCCCAGAAUAACCUGCAGGAACUUAACCAGUUGGCCAGUGACAUCCACCCGACUCUCUUAAGAUGAGAUGCAAGCCUAGGUUCGAUUUUACAAGGCAGGUUUCAAAUGGACAGAAAAAUUGUAGGCAAAACACCAGAAAGGGCAUGAUGGAAACAUGGCUGCUCCGCUUUCUGCGACUGUAAAACCAGUGCCUGCCUCUGCUGCUUCUCCCCCAGAGUUACCAGGUCCUGGGCUGCCCUGAUUCCCCAGAACUCAGAGCAUGGCCUCCCAUCGCCCUGUCUGUAUUGAAGCCAACUCGGUGCCGGGAGCAUUUGUGAGAGGGUAAUUAGGCAUGGCAAAGUCCAAACUUAACAGUUGGCAUGUGCCAAACAACAACUGAUUAGAAAUCAAGAGGACUCCAAUUGAAAGUCAUUUUGGCAACUGCAGAAUAUAAUUGGUUUUAAAGCUGAAAUACAACAAUUUUCACUCUUUGGGAGAAGGUAACUCCUGAUGAGCUGCCAUCAGUGGAUGGCUGCAGAAUAGUGAUCUACGAAGGGGGUGGGAUUAAGUCUGUGUCCCCAUCCCCCCAACACACACACUUUCUGAUGGGGAGGGGAAGGCUGG